AUGCAGGCGUGCCAGGCACGAGAGGAAGAGCUUCAACAUGCACUCUCGCAACGCGAUGCCGAGGCAGCCAAUGCUGCGCGAAGGGUCGCACAGGCUGAGGCGCGGCUGGCGGCGAAAGAGAAAGCUGCCAGUGAAAGUGCAGAGGAGGCGCAACAGGCCUUCAGCCGCCUCAAUGAUUUGGCUGAAGAGAGGAACCGGCUACGCACCGAGUUGGAAGACUUCCAAGUUGGGGCGCAGCAGAUGCAGGCAGACAGCAAGCAGCAUCUGCGGCAACUCCAAGCGAACCGCAAGGAACUGGACUCCAGCUCUCUCGAAGUUCGACGGCUGCAGCAGGAUAAGGAGGAGCUGCAGUCGCAGCUUGAGAAGGCAAAGAGCAAAGCCUGUGCUUUGGAGAUAGAGCAGCACCAGCAGCAAGAGCGCAAAGAACAGCUUCAGCAGCAACUUCGUGCUCAAGAGCAGCAGCUGGAGCAUGCAGAGGCAGCUUCGAGGCAAAUGGCGCUGGAGCUCGAGGCAGCGCAAGGACAUGUGAGCCAGACCGCGCAGACGGCUCAGCGCUGCCAGGGGGAGUUGGAAGAGCACUUAGAAGCGAAGUCCCGCGACGUGGAAGAAGCCCGGACAGCCUUGCAGAGGGUUGUCGAGGACAAUGGCCAGCUUCAAGCACUUCUGGAGGAGUCUCAGGAGAAAGCUGCGAAGUUGCAGGAGCAGGUUCUUUGCCACGACGACCGCUGCAAAGAAUUGGAGGAGGACCUGAUCCUGGCCAGGGCUCAGCUCGGCGCUUUGGAGGCGCGAGAGUCUGAGCUGGCGCAGGCCACGGUGGCGGCCAGGCGACAAGAGACCCAGGAGGCCGAACUGGCUGACCUCCUGGCACAGAAAGAGCUGCUGGAGGCCCAGUUGGCCGCCACCAUUGCCCGCCUGGACGAGGAGCAGGCAGAGCGCAUUCGCCAAGGUGCCCGAGCGGAGACCUUGGAGACGGAUCUCGCCACUCAGCAGCGAAUCUACUCGGAGCAGGCAUCGGCAGCACGCUGCAAGACUCUAGAGCAUGCAUGGCAUCAGCUGGCGGCCAGCGCGGCAGCCCACAUUCAGGAGAUGGAGAGCCGCAAGUUGAUGUCCGAGGUCAUUGCAUCUCGCAGACGUCAAGUGGCAGAGCACGCGGAGAUUCUCAAUGCCCAGCAGAUGAAGAAGCAGGCUCAGGACGAUCAGGUUCAAAAGCGGCAAGACGAGGACAUCGCCACAUGCUUGAAGGAGAACGAGGAAUUGCGUGCAUGCAAUCGAGAGCUAGCCCAGUCGUUGCAGCAGUUCAAGCAAGAAAACGACCAACUGCAUGUGGACAACUCCAGCUUGCUGGAGAGCGUUGCUCUUUUCGAAGGCGAUCUUGGAAAAGUGGCUGAUAGACAUGCGCAGCUCAUCGGCCAUGUGAACAAGAAGCAGAAGAUCCGCUACACUGUGAAGCUAAAAGAGGAGUGUGCGCAGCUACGACUGGACUUGAACAAGGCCCGCCACAAGUUGAUGCAGCUGGAGGGCAGCCGAAGAAGUGACAGCUUGUAUGGUGCCCUGGCAUCCUUGGGCUAUUCGCCGGCGCCUGCAGUGCAGUCGUCACCACAGCCGAAGCAGAGGUCGCAGGAGCAGAGUCCGAACAGCCCUUUCCAGCAGCCACAAGCAGCUCCUGCGCCCGUGCGCGUGAGCCCACGGUGUGCCAAUACAGCCCGCGGGCAGCUGGAGGAGGCCCAAAGGCGAGUGCGACUCCAAGAGUGCGCUUUGGAGCGGGUCAACUCUGACUUCCGCCACCUACUUGCCCUGGUUCAGCGCGUGAUCGGCCGUGGCCAAGCAGAUGAAUCCAAGGAGAUCAAUUUCGCGGAGUUGCUGCAGGACCUUCGUCGGGUCAUGGCCUCCCAGUCUCAUGCACCCCAGAGCUCGACGCCGGCGAUGGGGAGCACUGGUCCAAAGAUGUCCCCAAGGACUGAGGCAAGCGCUGGUCAGAAGGAGCCCUCGACACCCCGAGCUCGAGACAGCUUGGCUUCGCCCCUCAGCUUCCGUGUGGCACAGGAACCUCUGUCAGAGGAGCCGCCACAAACUCAGGACAAGGAGAACCAGCUCAACAUCCAGAAUCAGACCCCGGCCGAAACGAGCAAAGCCGUCUUGCCGGAGACGAGCAAGGCCAUCCUCCCAGACACGCAUGAGGCAGUCAGGAAGGUGAUGAAGCAGAUCAAUUUCGCCCUCAGCUUCGGUUCGCGCAAGUUGUAUGGCCGCCCAAUUCAAGAUGCUCGGAGCUUCUUCCAGGCGCUGGACAGACGCCAGGUCUGA